UCUGGGAGAGGGAAAUAGUUCUUCAAAAUCUAUACUUCUCCAGAAACUCACAACUGCAAUUCAUUGGUUUCUGCACCUGUGCCCAGAAUUGUGGUCAGUCAUAUUUUUCUAACCUGUUACUGUUUUGCUUUAUUAAACACUUUGUUUAGUUAAAGCUGAUAGUAGAACUCGACUUUCACCUAAGAAAACCAUCAAUGGUCACCAGUUGUCUUAUUUCUGGUUAAAUUUGUUGUUCCCUUACUUCUUCAAGAUAGUAGUUAUAGGGUAGUAUAUAUUUUCUUCCUUUUUUGCUGCUUCUAUCAAUCUGACUCAAGUGCAUGAAACUGGAUCAGUGAAUUUGUGUUCUCCAGAUGGGUUUCCAUUUUUGGCUAUUAAACGUAUUGCAGUUCAAUCAUAGAGUCAAUAUAGAAUCCCUUCAAAAUAGGGUCUUUGCCUUUCCCAUUUGAUAGGUGGUGUCUUUGAGUUUUCAAAUCACUUCACCCAAAGCCCUCCUGUUUUUAUACAGAACCAAUCUUUUGAACACAAUUUGGGGCUGUUAGAUAAUGGGUUUGUUCCAAUUUGGAAACUUGUGUCUCUGUCUGCUCCUCCUUGUGUACUUCAAAUCCUGCUUAGCUAGUCAACAACAUUCUGGCCGGAUUUAUCCCGGUUUUCAAGCAUCUCAGAUGGAAUGGAACAAUAAUUCCGGGUGGUUUCUUGUGUCCAACAACUCAGCAUUUGCUCUUGGAUUCUACCAAGGUCUUGAUGUCACUGAGAUCAAGUCGUUUUUACUCGUAGUCUAUCACUUGGGUGCUUCUAAAGCAGUUUGGACUGCUAAUAGAGGCAAGCUAUUUGCAAAUUUUGAUAAAUUUGUCUUUACCAAAGAUGGGAAUGUCUACAUGAAAAGUGGUGAUGAUACAGUUUGGUCUACCAAUACAACUGGAAAAGUAGUUACAGCCAUGGAAUUGAGGGAUUCAGGAAACUUGGUGUUGCUUGGAGACGAAGGAAGCAUUCUUUGGCAGAGUUUUAGUCACCCCACUGAUACUCUUUUACCGGGUCAGGAAUUUCUGGAAGGAAUGAAUCUCAAGAGCUUUCGAAACAAGAACAAUGUGUCCAGUUAUCUUGAGAUCCAGUCAGGCGAGUUGGUGCUGUAUGCCGGAUAUCGAACUCCACAGAUCUAUUGGUCAAUAGAAAGUGAGAGCAGGAAAAGCAAUAACAAUGUCAGCGGCAAGGUUCACUCUGUGUCUCUUGUUUCCAAUUCAUUGAAUUUCUAUGAUCGAAGUAAAUCCUUAAUUUGGCAAUUUGUUUUCUCUGACAAUAAAGAUCCAAAUGCCUUUUGGGCUGCUGUUUUAGGCCCUGAUGGCUCAAUCACCUUCCUUGAUCUUCAGAAAGGAAGUUCUGUUGUCCCUGAAGCAACUAAGAUCCCACAAGAGGCUUGCAGCCUUCCUGACCAUUGUGAACCUUACAAUGCUUGCUUUAUGGAGAAUUGGUGUCAAUGUCCUACACCUCUCAUCUCUCGCUUUAAUUGCAAACUUCCUGCAGCGCCAUCAUGUAGUACCUCAAAGAGUUCAGUGGAGCUUAUAUUUGUUGGUGAGAAGUUUGACUACUUUGCAUUGGAUUUUACUAAACCUUCUUUGACAUCUAGUCUGGAUUCUUGCAAAGAAGCUUGCCAUGGUAAUUGUUCUUGCCUUGUGUUGUUCUUUGAAAACAGUACUGGACAUUGUUUUCUGUUUGACCAGGUAGGAAAUUUCCGACGAUCUGUUGGGAAUGACACCGGUUAUACUUCAUAUAUAAAAGUCUUUGAAGGAGAUGUAGGACUAAGCCCAUCAAAUAAAGCAGACCGGAAUGGAAGCAAACACAUCCUUGUCAUUGUGGCCAUUUUGAUUGCAACAAUCAUAGUUGUUGUUGGUAUACUGUAUGUGGGAUUAGUGUACUAUCGCAAGAAGAGAUUACUGGACUACUCUCAAGAAAUCUUGGAAGAGGACAAUUUCUUGGACAAUCUGUCUGGAAUGCCGAUACGCUUCAAAUACAGUGAUCUCAGCACAGCAACAAAGAAUUUCUCCACAAAAAUUGGCCAAGGAGGGUUUGGUUCAGUUUAUCUCGGUGUUCUUCCAGAUGGAAUCCAACUUGCAGUGAAAAAGUUAGAAGGACAAUUUCAAGGGAAGAAAGAGUUUAGAGCAGAAGUCACUAUUAUUGGGAAAAUUCGACAUGUCCAUUUGGUCAAGCUCAGAGGCUUCUGUGCAGAAGGGCAUCAUAGGCUGCUCGUUUAUGAGUACAUGGGAAAAGGGUCGUUGGAUAAAUGGAUAUUCAACAACAACAAUGAUGAUCAAUUUCUGGAUUGGAACACAAGAUUCAGUAUUGCAUUGGGAACUGCUAAGGGGUUGGCUUAUCUUCAUGAAGAAUGUGAAGAGAAGAUUGUUCACUGUGAUAUAAAACCUGAAAAUGUGCUUCUUGAUGACAACUUUAAUGCCAAAGUUUCAGAUUUUGGAUUGGCUAAGCUGAUGAACCGAGAGGAAAGCCUUGUACACACUACACUGAGGGGCACGAGGGGUUACCUUGCACCAGAAUGGCUCACCAAUUAUGCCAUCUCGGAGAAGAGUGAUGUGUACAGUUAUGGCAUGGUCUUGCUUGAGAUUAUAGGUGGAAAGAGGAACUUUUCUCCAGGAGAGAGUUUGGGGAAAUCCCAUUUUCCUUCUUAUGCAUUUAGGCAGUUGGAAAACGGAAACUUAAAAAGUUUCCUUGAUCCAAAGCUUGAUGUUGAUGAAAAUGAUGAAAGAGUUGUAGCAGCAAUCAAUGUAGCAUUGUGGUGCAUUCAAGAUGAGAUGCAAAUGAGGCCUCCCAUGACUAAAGUAGUGCAAAUGCUCGAAGGCCUUUGUGUUCUACCACCACCCCCGACAUCCUCGCCAAAGUCGGUUUCUCAUUUGAGUUUCUUACAAUGGAGCAGCAAAGAAGCUAGUUCAUCAGCCGGACUCAGUGACAACUAUACUGAUAUAGCAAUGUCAGAUGUUAGGCUUUCAGGGCCUAGGUGAUAGAUUCUAAAUGAAUCAUAUGGAUAGAGAUGUAUAAUUUGGUUUUAAGAUUUCAAGCAAGGUGUUGGCUUAUGUAUGAUUUCAGAGAUCAUGUUGUGAUAAAUUCCCCUGAUGCAUGUAUGUUCCCUUAUCAUUAACAUACACUUCUUGA